AUGGGCAAGAUCCACACACUCGUCCUGAUUCGCCACGGUGAGAGCCAGUGGAACAUCGAGAACCGUUUUACCGGAUGGGUCGACGUCCCUCUCGCUCCCUCGGGAGUCGCGGAGUCCCACAGGGCGGCGCAGUCCAUCAAGGAGGAGGGGCUCGAGUUCGACCUGGUCUACACCUCCACCCUGAAGCGUGCCAUCAAGACCGCAUGGAACAUCCUCGAGGACCUCGACAUUAUGCACACCCCCGUGCACCAUGACUGGCGCCUCAACGAGAGAAUGUACGGUGCUCUGCAGGGGCUCGACAAGACCGAGACCGUGGAGAAGCACGGGAUGGAUCAGGUUCUCAUCUGGCGCAGAUCCUACGCUACUCCUCCUCCUCCCAUGCCUGCUGAUCACGAGUUCCAUCCUCGCAAGGAGAAGAAGUACGACUUCCUGUCCGAUGCAGAGCUGCCGGUCACGGAGUCUCUCGCUUGCGUCGUGAAGCGCUUCAUGCCUUUGUGGAACGACACGCUGAUGCCGAUCAUUAAGUCUGGCAAGAAGCUCCUGAUCUCUGCCCACGGCAACACCCUCAGAGCCCUUGUCAAGCAUCUCGACAACAUCCCUGAGGAUGUGAUCGCAAACUUGAACAUUCCGACCUCUGUACCUCUCGUCUACCACCUCGAGGAGACUGAUGAUGGAGAUCUCAAGCCCGUCAAGAUCGAGGGAGCUUUCGCUCCUAUGUCGGGCAAGUACCUCGGAGACCAGGAGGCGAUCAAGGCCGCUAUCGCUGGAGUUGCGAAUCAGGCGGGCAAGAAGUAG